AUGCCAGUUACGUUUCUCCUCUUUCUUAUUAGCACAACAUGCACCAAUCCUCAACUUCUCAUUCCCGUAUAUCUUGAAUUCAUAAGGCAGCUGCGUGAUACUUCUGUAAAUCAUAACGAACUUGUUGAACACCUCCCAGAAACAACUGUUCAACUCCUUGAAAAAGAUGUAACCAGAAAGAAGAAUCAUAAUUUUUACGACAAUGGACUAAAGAGUGUGGAUGAUCCUGCAUUUAAAGAAUCGUUUAUGAACAUCUACACAGCUCCAAGCUUGCAAAAGCAGUGGUAUCUUGUGUUGGGGAACCAUGAUUAUAAAGGUGAUGUAGAAGCGCAAUUAUCACCUAUGCUUCAAAAAUUGGAUAGCAGAUGGCUUUGUUUGAAAUCGUACAUAGUUGAUGCAGAAAUCGUGGAUUUUUUCUUCAUCGAUACAACUCCAUUUGUGGAGAACUACCACAGCGAACCUGAAGCACAUACAUAUGAUUGGAGAGGCCUUACAUCACGAAACGAUUACAUUCCAAAGUAUCUAGAAGAAUUAAGAACUGUUCUGAAAGAAUCGGAUGGAAAAUGGAAGAUAGUAGUUGGUCAUCAUACAUUGAGAAGUGCUGGACAACAUCGUGACACCAGGGAGCUUGUUGAACAACUUCUUCCAAUUCUUGAGGAAAACAGUGUGGAUCUUUACAUCAAUGGACAUGAUCAUUGCUUACAACACAUCACUAGUACUACUAAAAGGGAUGGGAGACUAGAUUUUGUUACAAGUGGAGGAGGGUCAAAAGCGUGGAAUAACCAUAUUCAGAAAAACAAAGAAGGUUUGGAGUUCUACCAUGAUGGCCAGGGUUUUAUAUCCGUGGAACUCACACCAACUGUGGCUAAGAUAGACUUCUAUGAUGUCUUUGGAGAAGUAAUGUACCACUUCAAUAUGGAAAAGAACAACAGCUCCAUUCAUUAA